AUGUUUGCCAGUACUCACUGUGUCCUUGCUGGAAUGUUUGCAGGCUUUUCACAGAGUCAAACCAGUUCCACCAUUACAGCAGAAAAGACCAUCAUCAAGAUACUCAAAGGAAUUAACUCUAGGUCACUAAGACCAAUAACAGGGACUGACUACUCCUGUAGACCAAUAACAGGGACUGACUACACCUCUAGACCAAUAACAGGUACUGUCUAUAUCUCUAGACCAAUAACAGGGAUUGACUACCCCUGUAGACCAAUAACAGGGACUGACUACUCCUGUAGACCAAUAACAGGGACUGACUACACCACUAGACCAAUAACAGGGACUGACUACACCACUAGACCAAUAACAGGGACUGACUACACCUCUAGACCAAUAACAGGGACUGACUACUACUGUACACCAAUAACAGGGACUGACUACACCUCUAGACCAAUAACAGUGACUGACUACUUCUGUAGACCAAUAACAGGGACUGACUACUCCUGUAGACCAAAAACAGGGACUGACUACACCACUAGACCAAUAACAGGGACUGACUACACCUCUAGACCAAUAACAGCCAUGGAUAUUGAUGGUCCACUUCCAGUAACUGAAUGA